AGAGCCCCCGCCGCCCGCUGCCCGGGAAUGGCUCGGGCCGCUCUCAGAACCGCCCUCCUGCCCGGCGGGCCCGGCUGCACGGCCCAAGGGGCUUGGACCCUUCCACAGAAGAUAUGCUAAUCCCGUUUAUACCUUUUUUAACAAACAGCUCGAUGGCACCCCGAAAGAAGUUAAAGGGUCUCGUAGCUGCUACCAUCACUCCAAUGACUCCGGAUGGAAAAAUAAACCUCCCGGUGAUUCGUCAGUACGUGGAUUACCUGGUAAACGAGCAGAAUGUGAAGAACGUUUUUGUGAAUGGCACAACAGGAGAAGGCCUAUCCCUUAGCAUCCAGGAGAGGAAGCAGUUGGCAGAAGAAUGGAUGUGCCAGGGAAAGGACAAAUUGGACCACGUGAUCAUUCAUGUGGGAGCACUGAAUCUGCCAGAGGGCCAAGAGCUGGCAAGACAUGCAGCAGCCAUAGGUGCUGAUGGCAUUGCUGUCAUAGCCCCCUUCUUCUUCAAACCCACAAACAAAGAUGAGCUGGUUGCUUUCUUACAGAAGGUUGCAUCUGAAGCCCCUGAGGUGCCAUUUUAUUACUAUCACAUUCCUCCUCUGACGGGUGUGAAGAGCAGGGAACUGUCCCAGAACAGACCUGUGUUCCCUCAUAUGAGAUUGCUGUUCUGGACAGUUCGUGUGGAAGAGUUGCUGGAUGGGAUAAAAGCACAGAUCCCCACCUUCCAGGGUGUGAAGUUCAGUGACACGGACCUCUUGGACCUGGCACAGUGCAUCCACAAGAAUGGAACAGGGGAGUUUGAAUUUCUUUAUGGGGUGGAUGAGCAACUGUUGGGUGCACUGGCAUUAGGGGCAAAUGGAGCAGUUGGAAGUACAUACAACUAUUUGGGCCGACAAACCAAUCUGAUGUUGCAAGCCUUUGCAAAGCCAGACUUUGCCUUGGCACAGCAGUAUCAGUUUCUCACUGGGGAAUUUCUCAACUUUGUCAUCAAACUGGGUUUUGGUGUUGCACAGACUAAAGCUGUAAUGACUUCUGUUUCUGGCAUUCCCAUGGGACCUCCACGGCUUCCGCUUGUUGCUGCCUCCGGUGAGUUCAUCGCGAAGGCCAAAGCCAAGCUGGACAGCAUUGUGUGGCCUAAUGGUGACUGAUCAUGGAGUCAUGGAAUCGUUACAUUGAGAAAGACCUCUAGGAUCAUCAGAUCCAACCACUAACCUGACACUCCUGAGUCCACCACUAAGCCACAUCCUCAAGUGCCACGUGUAUGAUGCUCACUUCAUGUCGAUCUGGAAGUUGCUUUUCUGGAAUUCUCUGCCAUGUAACACAUCCCCCACAUGAAGGGCAGGAUUUCUUUCAGGGAACUGGCAAUGUGCCCAAGCCCCUUCCUGUCAGGGCUGGCUUUGCUGGGACACAUGUGCCUGACAUUUUACACUGCUCCCCUGGAGCUCUGCACAUUCCAGGACUAACUGGGAUUGUUUAAUAAAAAAAUAGCAAAUUUUUCCCUGUUGGAGGAGAAGGCUGAUGACUUUUGCCUAGAAAGGAGGAAGAUCUGUCUCUACUCACUCUCAGCUGGAUGGUGUUUUGUCCUCUCCAUGAGGACACUACAUUGUGGAUUUAAACAACAGUAUGACACCAUCAGGUUGCUCAGGCUGGUAUCUGUUCAUCAGAGUCACUGGGAUAUUGUCUGUGCAUGUAAAAUCCUGCUUCUGUCUGAUCUCUGUGUUUCUACACCUUAAUGCAAAAUUAAAAAAAGAAGUAUCUUUUGUGACA